UUUCCAUCCAUUCCUUGAACUUUCAAUAGUCCCCGUCUACGUAAGCGACAAAAGCAACGAUGUCUCCUGCUGGCCCUAUUCUCAAGAACGGCGCUCUCCGCCAGGCUCUCCUCUCUGGAGUCCGUGCUGCCGCCAAGGCGCAGUCCAGCCAGGGUGCUGUGCGCACUUUCACUGCUGCUGCUGCCCAGCUCUCGAAGGUCCGUGUUGAGCGCGACACCAUGGGUGAGCUCGAGGUGCCGGCCGACAAGUACUACGGCUGCCAGACCGCCCGCUCCAAGAUGAACUUUGACAUCUGCGCCGACACCGACCGGAUGCCCGAUGCUGUGAUCAAGGCCAUGGGCGUUCUGAAGAAGGCGGCAGCCAUCGUCAACCGCGACUUUGGCCUUGAUUCCACGGCCAGCGAGGCGAUCCAGCAGGCAGCGACGGAGGUGAUCGAGGGCAAGCUUAUGGACCACUUCCCGCUGGUGGUCUGGCAGACGGGCUCGGGCACGCAGACGAACAUGAACGUCAACGAGAAGCCCGUGCACCCGAACGACCACGUCAACAAGAGCCAGUCGUCGAACGACACGUUCCCGACGGCCAUGCACAUUGCGGCGGUGACCGAGAUCAACCGGCGCCUGAUCCCUGCGCUGACCGCCCUGCGCGACGCCUUCCAGGCCAAGCAGGACGAGUUCAAGAAUAUCAUCAAGAUCGGCCGCACCCACCUGCAGGACGCGACCCCGCUGACCCUGGGCCAGGAGUUCUCUGGCUACACGCAGAUGCUGACCAACGGCCUGAACACGUACACCGGCUUUGACAAGGCCAUGGCCGAGGAGAUCUCGAACAUCUCUGGCUACCAGUUCACGUCGGCGCCGAACAAGUUCGAGGCCCUUGCGGCGCAUGACGCGCUGGUUGAGGCAUCGGGCGCCCUGAACACCAUUGCCGUCUCGCUGUUCAAGAUUGCCAGCGACAUCCGCCUGCUGGGCAGUGGCCCGCGGUGCGGCCUCGGCGAGCUGCAGCUGCCCGAGAACGAGCCUGGAUCGUCGAUCAUGCCGGGCAAGGUCAACCCGACGCAGUGCGAGUCGAUGACGAUGCUGUGCGCGCAGGUGAUGGGCAACCACACGGCGGUGACCUUCGGUGGCGCCAACGGCCACUUUGAGCUGAACGUGUUCAAGCCCAUGAUGAUCUACAACGUGCUGCACUCGGUCCGCCUGCUGUCCGACGGCAGCGACUCGUUCCGCAAGAACUGCGUUGUCGGCAUCAAGGCCAACGAGGAGCGCAUCAACAAGAUCCUGCACGAGUCGCUGAUGCUGGUCACUGCGCUGAACCCGUACAUUGGCUAUGACAAUGCUGCUGCUGCCGCCAAGAAGGCGCACAAGGAGGGCACCACGCUGAAGCAGGCGGCCAUUGCCCUGGGCUCGCUCAACGAGGAGCAGUUUGACCAGUGGGUGCGCCCUGAGGACAUGCUGGGCCCCAAGGACUACAAGAACUAGACAUUGCACGAAAAAGUAAAACCACAUAGUAUUGACCAGCCUGCUGGGACGAGAUGCGUGGACAUGUAUGGCACCAGGAGAGCAAAAUAGGGAGAUGGGGCAGAUCGACACAUGUACAUUGAGCAACACACGGCAUACAGCCUGGAGGUGGGGAAGGCACAUCACUGCAUACGUAAUUUAGCAAGACGUGAGAAAAAAAGGCUCAUGAAGUCGUUGUCGCGUUUCUUAGUUGGCAGGACGGCGUCUGCGGUAGCACUUCAGCGUGCGGCCCGGGGUGCUUGGGAUCCUGAACAGUGGCAACCUCGAGCGAAGCAACUGGGGAUGAGGUCGGUGCCGCAGACGGCAUAGGGGGCUCUGUCGCAGCAGUGGCCGGUGCCGAGCUGGCCGGUGCCGAGCUGGCCAGUGCCGAGCUAGUAGAAGCAGCCAUGGGGUCUGGGUUCCGGCCGUUAUCGUCGAGCGACACGGUAGGAGAGGCCAUGGGGGCGG